GAGCCCUCGUAGUACUAGUGCCCAGGCUAACCACAAAUUUCUCUUCUGAUUAUAGUUAAAUUCUGUGGGAACAGAGGGGGAGUUUUGAGCCGAGAUCUGUUCCCUCGUCCCCAGGAAGCCUUUAUUUAAGCCCUCGUCUCCCUCAGCUAACUCCCAUUCCAUUCCAGCCUCCUCCGGCCUUAAACCUUUCGAGUCUCCACCGCAGCAGCCCCAGCCCCAGCCCCAUCCCACAGAGCAGAGCGAGGACUGGAGCUCAAGCCCGCUUGCUCCUCCUCCUCCUCCUCUCGUCCCACGGCGGUUGGUCACACAGAGCCAAGAACGGUACACACGGGAGGGGGGACGGCGAUGAAGUACGUGGUGGUGACGGGCGGCGUCGUGAGCGGGCUCGGCAAGGGCGUUACCGCCAGCAGCAUCGGCGCCGUGCUCAAGGCCUGCGGCCUCCGCGUCACCACCAUCAAGAUCGAUCCGUACCUCAACACCGACGCCGGCACAAUGUCUCCCAUCGAGCACGGCGAGGUCUACGUACUGGACGACGGCGGAGAGGUGGACUUGGACCUUGGAAACUAUGAACGUUUUCUGGAUAUCAAAUUGACCCGCGACCACAACAUAACCACAGGAAAGGUCUAUCAGGCUGUCAUUAACAAAGAAAGAAGAGGAGACUACUUGGGGAAAACCGUCCAGGUUGUGCCACAUAUCACAGAUGAAAUUCAGGAUUGGAUAGAACGCGUGGCGAUAAAGCCGGUCGACGGUAAAGAAGGGCCUCCUGAUGUUUGUGUAAUAGAGCUCGGUGGCACCAUAGGGGAUAUUGAAUCGAUGCAUUUUAUUGAGGCAUUAGGUCAAUUUUCAUACCGUGUAGGACCUGGAAAUUUCUGCCUGGUCCACGUCAGCCUUGUUCCAGUGCUAAAUGUAGUUGGUGAACAGAAAACUAAGCCUACCCAGCACAGUGUUCGUGGCUUAAGGGGACUUGGGUUGGCACCUGACAUUUUGGCAUGCCGAAGUACCGAGCCACUGGAGGAACAUGUGACAACCAAGCUAUCACAAUUCUGCCACGUGCCGAUCUCAAGUAUUGUGAACCUCCAUGACGUUACAAACAUUUGGCACAUCCCCUUGUUGCUAAGGGACCAGAAAGCACAUGAAGCCAUUCUGAAAGUUUUGGAUCUUCAGCUUGUUGGCAAAAUACUUCGAGAACCUAAGUUAGCUGAAUGGACCGAAAGAGCCAGCAAGUUUGACAGACUGAAAACUCCGGUAAAGAUCGCCAUGGUUGGAAAAUAUACCACCCUGUCGGAUUCUUAUCUAUCUGUUUUAAAGGCUCUCUUGCACGCAUCAGUUGCUAUGGAAAGGAAGCUUGUGCUGGAGUGGGUUCCUUCCUGUGAUCUUGAAGAUUCUGCAGCCAAAGAGACCCCUGAAGCUCACCAGAAAGCAUGGAAACUACUGAAGGGUGCGGAUGGUGUGCUUGUUCCUGGAGGCUUCGGAGAUAGAGGAGUUGAAGGCAAAAUCCUCGCCGCAACAUAUGCACGGGAAAAUAAUGUUCCUUAUCUUGGCAUUUGCUUGGGUAUGCAAAUCGCAGUGAUCGAGUUUGCCCGUUCGGUCAUGAAACUAGGUGGCGCAAAUAGCACGGAGUUUGACCCCGCUACAACAUCACCCUGUGUCAUCUUCAUGCCAGAGGGCUCCAAAACCCAAAUGGGGGCGACGAUGCGUCUUGGAUCAAGGAGGACGUAUUUCCUAGCCAAUAACUGCAAAUCCGCAAAGCUGUAUGGCAAUGCUACCUCCAUCGAUGAAAGACAUCGACACAGAUAUGAGGUGAACCCUGAAAUGGUCCCAGAGCUUGAGAAGGCCGGUCUUUCAUUUGUUGGCAAGGAUGAAAGUGGAAGGCGCAUGGAGAUCAUUGAGCUACCGAAGCAUGUGUUCUUCAUCGGUGCACAGUUCCAUCCCGAAUUCAAGUCAAGGCCAGGAAAUCCCUCUCCACUUUUCUUAGGGUUAAUUGCGGCAGCAUCCGGACAGCUAGACCUGCUGCUCCAGCGCAGCUGUGGCGUCGUCAGUUUGAAACCGGCACCCAGAUAUAUCACCAACGGCACCGGCACCGGCACCGCAGUCCUGGCCAUAAAACCUUACCCGAACGGGCACGCGAAGAAGAAGCCGCUCACCAGCUUGGUGAACGGAUGCUACGCGAAUGGCAACGGCAUCCACAUCUAACUGAGCAGUCGCAGCAUCACGCAACAUUCCUCUCUGUUGCUUUGCUCGUACCGUCUCGUAUCUCUUUUUUUCCAGGAUUUCUUUGGUUUUGGAUUUGGAACUGCUCAAAUGAGGCAGAGGGGUGUUUUAAGUGUCUUGCAUGGGUCCUGCUCUAGGAAAAUCUACUCUCCGUUGGAGCAACUCCAUUGAGGGUCUGGAGCUGCCAGAGAAAGUGUUUGGCUAGCCUACAAGGUUAGCUUUUGAAGCUCCAGCCGGCAACACGCGUUUCUGAUAUUUUUUCGAGGAACGUACUCCGGAGCUGUUGAAGCAAAGGCUGUUUUCUCUAGGGUCUAGUACGGUGUAUUCCUUUUGUUUGCCCAAGACUGUUUUGUAUCUUCAAUGGACCGAAUGAACGGAAACCAGAUUUACUUGGUCAAA